AUGUUGGCCUACUUCAAUACUUGUCACGACACCAAAUCGUUUCGUGAAAACUACACACUAUUCCGAAACGAUGCAUUUUCGGGCCGUUUCGAUUUUAUCAACAAAACUAUAGGAAUGAGCAUGACAACUACGGAACGCAAGGCCGUGAUCAAGAAUGCAGACAUGGCCGAAGAUAUGCAGCAAGAUGCUGUAGACAGCGCUACGAAGGCCAUGGAAAAAUUCAACAUCGAGAAGGACAUCGCGGCAUUCGUCAAAAAAGAGUUUGACAAAAAAUUCAACCCAACAUGGCAUUGUAUCGUCGGGCGCAACUUCGGGAGUUAUGUCACCCACGAGACAAAGCAUUUCAUCUACUUCUAUCUUGGACAGGUUGCCAUUCUCCUAUUCAAAUCUGGAUAAAUGACUGAAUGAAUGACUGCUUUUAAAAUUCAAAAAUCAACAGCAAUCGGUGAAUAAUAAAACAUCGCACAAUGAAUAUCCAUAAUACCAUAGGGUCGUCGAUCCAGAAAAACUAUUUUAAACAAAAAUACAUAAAGUACAAACCUAAAAUACGCAAAGAAACAGUGCGAUACAGAUCAUCCAACGUUGAACUUUUCCUACGGACCAUGAACAAAAAAAACCACAUGCAUGUACCACUUCAUGUAAUCGUAUGGUUUUCCAUUUAGCUUGUUAUAGAUGUAUAUAUUUAGUUGUAAAAAUAGAUAAACUGGUAGUAUUUAUAUAGUUGUUGCUGAAAUAAAAAGUGUAUAUAUUUACAUUUUGCAAUAAAAGAUAGAUUUCAUUAAUAGUGAAAUAUUUGUUUUCGUCAUUAAAAUCUUGCAAAUCAUUUGAAAUCUUAAUAAGCUUGCAACCAC